AUGAAUGCGUGUGCUGUGGAGUUUUGCCCAGACGACCUGCCGACUGGAGCAAAACAGCACGGACAUCACUGCACCGACACCCGACACCGUCAGGGCCUACCGGCACCCGAGAGGCCCGUCAUACUGCACGUUCUAAUCAAGCACCGUGUAAACUGCGGACUUCGUCAUCAAGAACCAACGAUUGGCGCAGCGGAGCUUGUGGGCAAUGCCGCAGGCGGCGCCCCAUGA